GCGGCCGAAGCUGAAGCCCGAAGCCCGACGCCGUGACGCAAUCAACGAGCGACGACAGCCUGGAUUGUUGUUUCUUCAUAUCGUGGCCAGACGAAAGUCAGUUUGUUAGUUCACACAUAAGGAAACCAUGUCGAUGUCAUCCUUUCUCUGAGGAACGUGUGCAUCCUGCCAUGCUCUAGUCUUCUGUCUUCAGUCACUUGAGAAGGACUGUUUUUCUACACAGGAAGGGUACUUUAGAGAAGACCACCUAGAGGAUAAAAACUUCGGACCGAUACGUCGUAAUAUUUGCAAACCAGAAGAGAGGAGGCGAGGGGAGAGUUCCUGAGAGCAGAGAGGGGGCGUUGGGGAUGGGGUUGAAGAGCCAAAGGAGGACGUCAUGGUUCACAGUGGCUCUGCUUCCCCAAUGAAAACAACACAAUCAGCAUCGCCUCAUUUAACUGUUCCCGCUACAGCACCUCUUCUAGUGCCUCCACCUGGAGGUAGUACAGAACAGGACCUAGCCCAGACCUCCAUCACCAGAGACCUCGCUUCCGAAUCAGAUUUAACUCGGCCCACUACGCCAACGCCCGCCGAUGCAGAGCACCCCGGUGUAACCCCGACCAAAGCGCUAAACGUUCACUCGAACCCGGCGUCAGUUCAGUCUUGCACACAGACACCGACCCCCGCUCAGGGCCUCGCCAAUGGCCGCACGUCAGGCAGGAAGAGGACGCCUAAGGCCUGCGACUGCUGUGGACCCAACAGCACCGGGCACAAUGUCAGAGGGUCGGGCCGAGGGAGGGCGAGGGGGAGAGGGAGAGGUAGGGGUUCUGGUAGAGCCCUUGGGGACACCCCAAAAAGAAGUGCGGACCAGCUGACGUGUAUCAAAAGCUUUGAUUUGACUAUAGAGGAAGUAGAGGAGGCAGCGACUGACGCUCAGUCACAAACCUCUCUCGGUAUGCCUGUCACUGCCUCCUCACCACGUGGACCAAUAACGAACUGUUUUGUUCCUGAGAAAGAGGUUGUGCAGAAAAAGGAAGGCAUGUUGACAGAGGCGCCGGGAGCUGCUAGCGCAACGGAGAAAGGAGAUGCAGGUGGCAGGGAUGUGGAGAUGAGACUGUCAGGAAUGGCAGACAGGGGAGCACUGGCGGUUAGAGGUCGAGGGAGGGGAACGACGGGAAGUACGGUCCCAUCAAAAAUGGGAGUUAAUGCUCAAAUAAAAAGGGGAGGUAGAGGUAGCAUCGUUCUCGGUUCUAAAACAGACACCUUAGCUCAGCCAGUGUUGGUGCCGGAGGGGCAGGUGGAAAUACAGACUGCACAGAUGCACCACAGAGACCAGACUGUUGCUGGAUCGCAUAAAUUUGGAAACGGAGACACGGUGGACCUGUUUGACACCGACAGAGACCUGGACGAGGAGGACAGCAUGAUUGUGACCGAACCAGGAAAUGGAUCGAGGUCCAUCUCGCUGCUGCCGAGUCCUUCGUCAGGAUCAGGAACUCUCUAUGAUCUCGACUCUGAGAUGAAGGUGGACCAAAGCCACGACAGUCCAGACCACGUUUCUGUACCAAUCACGCUGUACAACGGGAACGUCACCACACCAGUGGAUCAUGACCAUAUGGAAGUGGACGGUUCUCAUCCAGCCAAGGUUUCCUCUCCAAACCACGACCCCAUUACAGUGAAAAGCGAGCAGUUCGACUGGGCAUUAAGAGACCACAGGUUAUACUGUCAGCCUGGCACCUGGGAGAAAAAUGAUGUAGAAGAAAUGUCAGGUCAGUCAGAAGAAACGGACAAGGAUGGAAAGGAGCAGAAUAAUGAAAGACAUGAGCAGCUGACUGACAUGAUCCACGAUUUUCUGGAGAGUUUCUAUAUAAAAUAUGGAAGCUUCAUUCCUCUCAGUGAGACUGAUGUCCUGGACCAUCUGAAGAAGAAAGGAAUUGCUGACACCUGUGACAGUGGACUGGACGUGAAAGGGGAGAUGGCUCGGUACAGGGCGGGGCUAGCGUCCGCCCCUGUCGCAGGCUUCAUGGUCAUGUACAAUAAACACACGCUGAGCCUGGACGACCUCGGCACGCUGGAGGAGCAGAACUGGCUCAACGACCAGAUCAUCAACAUGUAUGGGGAACUUAUUAUGGAGGCAACAGAACAAAAGGUUCAUUUUUUCAACAGCUUUUUCCACAAGCAGCUCGUCGCCAAGGGUUACGAUGGCGUGAAGAGAUGGACUAAAAAAGUGGACCUGUUCUCCAAGUGGCUCCUGCUCAUUCCCAUCCAUCUAGAAAUCCACUGGUCGCUCGUCACGGUCACCAUGGCAACCAAAACCAUCAGCUACUACGACAGCCAGGGCAUCGUCUUCAGGCACACCACGGAUAACAUUAUGAAGUACCUUCAGUCUGAAGCAAGAGAGAAGAAACAGAUAGCUUUCCAGAAGGGGUGGAAGAUUACCAUCAUCAAGGGUAUUCCUCAGCAGAGAAAUGACAGCGACUGUGGAGUGUUUGUUCUUGAGUACUGCCGUCGCCUCUCGGUGAAGCAGCCCCUGCUGUUCAGCCAGGAGGACAUGCCUCACAUCCGCAAGAGAAUCUACAAGGAGCUGUGUGACUAUCGUCUCAACGACUGAACCGCAUGAGGCCGUCUGUCCGAGUCUGUCAGAUGGCCCGUUUCACUGACAGCUGGUUACAUAAGCUAACACAACCUUUGCCAUCUGUAUUCCAGGGAGCCCCUAACUGCCCAUCUGCCAGUCGGACUGACUGGCAGCAGAGUGGCUGCUGGGACUCCGGGUUGACUUCUGGAGUUCAAUAACGGUUUUUUAAAAUGCAAAACUUGCAAAGAACUACUGACGUGGACCCCCUACUGACUCAAACAUGCUGGACCUGGACGCUUCCAGGUUGAUUUCGCCCUCUACAUUUACCAUCCUAAGAAGAUUUCAAAGCAAAUGGCCAAAUAAGCCCCUUUAAGGACCAACACGGACCAAUACGAUGGACCUUCCAUCCCCACAUGGAGUGGCCUUACCCCUCUAGACGGCCAUUUUAAACUGAAUGACAUUUUUAAGUUAAUUUUAUUCAGCAGCGUCAUACUUAGUUUUAUGCAUGUCUUUUUUUUUUUAACAUGCUAAUAAAGCUAGCGUAUGCGAUAACGGUGGACCAGCUGUUCACUUAAAACUUGAAGGUUUCUUUUGGACUACAGACGUUUUCACGGUCAGAGGCCAUCCGUUGAAGUCGGGGAUAUCGAUCGAAUGUACUUAUUUUUCUUCUUGGCACCGUAUGAGUCGACGGCCUGGAACAGGGAGAGUAUUUUUUUUUUCGAGGCAAUUUUUUUGUUUGUUUAAAGUAUAAUUUUUUUUUGACGCCUAACUAAAACUAAUUUCUUAAUAAAAUUCCUUUUUUUUUCUCCGACCUUAGCGUUUGCUGGUUAGUACAUUUUAAGUUAAGUUGUACAACUAUCUGCUGAUGAAAAGGACCACAUCAAGCCGUUUCUCCUCCUUUAUAUUCACAUGGAUGCAUUAACACAGUGUGGUAUCUGAGUGGACCUCAGUGGAAUUUGAUUAUUUCUUCUGUCCAGCCAGAGUUUUUGUUGUUGUUGUAUUCACUUCUAUGUGUUAACUGGCCCCACUGCUGUAUGCGCUUGCUUUUGGUUUAAAAACCUCAACGGUUUCUGGACUGUUUUUAUUGUUGUUAUUAAAGGCCAAUACUGCUGGGA